CACACUAACACAUUACACACAGCACCUCACCCUGCGCCCGCAUUCGCGACUCGUGCAGCGAACGAACGAGGCCGCGCGCCAUGGCGAAGGCGGUCGCGGUGCUGGCGGCGCUGGUGCUGCUGGUGGCGGCGAUGGGCGUGGCGGACGCGGCGCCGGCGCCGGCGCCGGCGCAGCAGUGCGACGCAACGAGGCUGGCGGACUGCGCGUUCGCGUUCUUGUUUGGGACGACGCCCCUAAAGUCGUGCUGCGACAGCCUGCGCGAGGAGCAGAAGGGGUGCCUCUGCGUGUACGCGCGCGACCCGCAGUACAGCGGCUUCCUCACCACCAGCACCACCGUCCGCAACGCGCUCGCCUACUGCAAGGUCGCCUACCCAAGCUGCUAGGCGCCCGCGGCGCGCCGUGCGCGUGCGGGCUGUGCGAUUUGCCUCGCAUCUAUAUACAACAACUACUACUACGUACUUGUGUGAUGUGACGAAUGGAUUUGAAUAAAUGGGGCGAACCAGGUGAUCCCCCGGGGAGAGCAUAUACUAUAUAUGCAUGUCGAUCGGUCGGUCUUAUAGUAUAUUUGCGCUUGAGAUAAAUGGAGAUUACUACAGAGUGAUGAACUACUACUAUACAUAUUACGUUACUUCUCA